GGCUCUUUUCAACGUACUGAAAAAAUUUAGGGCUUGGAGGCCUCCCAGAAUAUCAAUUGAACAUCUUCAUCUUCGAUACAAAUCCUCCGAGAAACAGUAAAAGCACAACACAGUAGUCCAAUGGCGCCGCCUCCAGGACCCUAUUCCGGAACCAGCACUCUCGCCUUGGUAGCUCGUGCUUCUGCAUUCUCUUUCGGUCUUGUUUACGGAAGCAUCAAGCUCAAGUAUCUGAAGGCAAAGGCCAAGUCUCAAAAGAAGGCUGAAGCAAAGGCUCAUCACUAAAAAUGAUGGAUUUUAUUUACUGCUGGGAAUGAGGCAUGCAUUUUGUCGGAUAUGGAAUAAUGGAUAAUGGUGGACCUGUACCAAUGUUUCAUCUUUUGCCUUAUGAAGAAUUUGAGAAAAUUAACUAAUACUUAUAAGAUUUAUUCAAGUAGUUGGCCCUGCCUGAUGUAAUGGGCACAUCCAUAAUUUUUUCCUCAGCAAAUGUAUGGGAACUUCCAUAGUUUUGUUUUUCUAUGUUUUAGUUUCUAACAUUUUCAAGAUCA